AUGGAGCCGAGUGAAACCAUAGAGGGAACUGAUGUGGUGAUCCCGUUAUCUUUUGUCAAACAGGUGAAUGAAAGAUUAAUGAUGAACGCUAAAGGGUUCUUUUUCUUUAAAUUCAAUACAAACGAAGGGUUGAAACAAUUAUUGGAAGAUGGGCCUUGGACGAUUAGGAAUGUUCCGAUUAUUCUUAAAGAAUGGGCUCCCUCGGUUAUGGUCGAGAAAGAGGAUAUAAAAGUAAUACUAGUGUGGGUUAAACUUCACGAGGUUCCGUUAGAGGCAUUCACAGAAGAUGGUCUGAGUUUAAUCGCAUCAAGAAUAGGUACCCCGAAAAUGUUGGACUCUUAUACUGCAACCAUGUGUGCUGAAUCUUGGGGGAGAAGUAGUUUUGCUCGUGCCCUCAUUGAAGUCAAAGCGGAAUGUGAGCUCAAAAAGGAGGUGACAAUAGCUAUACCAAACAUGGACGGGAAUGGUCACUCAAAGGUGCCAAUUAGAGUUGAGUAUGACUGGGAACCUUUACGGUGUGCAACGUGUUGUGUGUUUGGUCAUAAUGAUAGUGCUUGCCCAAAAAAUCUGAAACAUGAACCCUCUAAGGAAAAGCCGUUUAAAUCCGAGGAGUUUAAGGAAGUUCCGGUGAAGUCUAGCAAAGGAAAUAAUCAAGGAAUUCUUAUAAAAAACCAAAAACAAAAAUUUAUUUAUAGACCGGUGAAUAAGAACAAACCUAAGACGAAUGAUAAGGAGGCUACGAACCAUGUUAAAACUUCUAAUCCCUUCGAUGUUCUAAAGGAUGAUGAGACUCCUACUAUGAAUGCUAAUGCUGGUGGGGUUCGAAGUCAGAAUGUUGAUCCAAAUGGCAAAAGCCGAAACCAAGAAGAACUAGUCUCGGAUGAUAUUGAGAUUGAUGACCUCUUAGCUAAUAUUCCGACGUGUUUGGAUAGAAACAAUGAGUUAAACGUGUCUGAGGGUGCAAGCACACCCGGUGGUUUAGGUUCUCAUGGGUAG